CUUUCUAUUUUACAACCCAGUGAUAUUUCAACUUUAUAAAAUUAUAUUUACUCAACACAAAUUUAGACACACGUUUUCAUUUCAUAUACAAGACAUAAAAAAAAUCCAAAAAGAAACAAAGCAUUGACCUAAUUAUAACUUUAUCGUCAUUGGUAGUCCACUCCUAGUAAUAAUGGUAAUAAAGGGCGACGAUGCCGCUCGCUGCCGUCAUUCUCUCCUCCUUUCCUUCUCCUUCCCUUGCAUCUCUUCUCUUCUCUUCUCUUUUCAGUUUCCAUUUCCAUUUUCCAUUUGAACCAAGACCACGACGACGACAUCACUCCACUCCACGCGAUCGAGCAGCAGCAGCAAGCCGCGACGACGACGAUGCCCAUGGCGCCGGAGCAGAAGCAACGACAAGAAGCCGACGACGACGACUUCACCUUCCCGACUCCGCCGCAGCCGCACCUCUUCGCCACCACCCGCCACCUCCCCUGCUCACCGUCACCAUCCUCCUCCCCGCCCGUCUGGCUACUCUCCUCCCCCAUCCGCCGCAGCUUCUCCGCCGCCGACUGCUCCGGCUCGCCGUGGCGAAACGCGCGUGUCGUGCUCCGUCGUCGCCACGCCACCGGCGGCGGCGGCGGCGGCGCAUGCUCUCCCGCCCUCAGCGACUACGCGGCCGGCUUCUGCGACGGCGCGGAGGAGGAGGAGGAGGAAGAGGAGGAGGAGGAGGAGAGGAUGGACAGUCUCUGGGAGGACCUCAACGACGACGACGCAGCCGGGAAGAAGGGCGGCGACAUGUUCCUCGCCUCCCUCGACGUGUCGCGCCGCCGCUCCGUGGGUGGCGCGGGCCUCGCCGAGAAGCGCGAGGGCGGCGGAGGCGCGGCGGUGUUGGGGUUGGGGGCGUCGAGGAGCUCGCGGCGGCGGGCGCCGGGGCUGGUGGCGAUGAUGCGGUCGCUGAAGAGGAUGCUGGUGGCGCACAAGGGGAAGAGCAAGGUGCACAAGUCCGACGACCACACCACCGCCUCCUCUUGCAGUAAUUCCGGCAAGAAAUGAUGGUGAAACUGACCAUGCAAUGCAACAGUAGAAACCUGCGGUUUUAGUGGUAAAAAGAAUUUCAUUUUAAUUUAUACGUGUCAGUUUCCUCACUUCUUGAUUGAGAUGGCCUUGCAGUUGCAGAUGGAAUGAUCAUCAAUCACAGAUCAGUGUUCUUUCAUGUUAAUCACUAUGUAAUUAUGUAUCCCUUUUUGUAAAGUUUCUGUUCAUCUUUUUUGGUGAUAGUUAGACAGUGCUUGGCAGUUUGCAUGAAUAUUUUUUGGAAUGAGAUAUAAUAUACAAAUGUUAUUCUGUGGUCUACUGAAUGAAUAUUUUUUCUGAAUAA